AUGGGUGAACAAACGUUUAAUAUUACGGACCAUAGUUUAGAACAGCACAUUGUUACGUUGUUCGAAAAAUUGGAGUGCAUGCGUAAGGAUGCGAAUACGGACGUCGGGUUGUCGGGUAAAAUGCCGGCGAGGCUGGAAGUGCGGACUUUAUCUUUGUGGAAAGCUGUGCUAGCGGAGUGUGCAGCGUCUUUCCUUUACGUUUUCAUAGUGUGCGGGGCAGCUGGCGGCGCCGGCGUUGGUGCGUCUGCUUCAGCUGUGCUCCUCGCCACCGCUCUCGCUUCCGGCUGCGCCAUGGCCACGAUCACGUUGUGCUUUGCGAACAUAUCUGGUGCUCACGUCAAUCCAGCAGUGUCCGCCGCUUUGUGUAUACGACGUCGGGUGUCGCCGCUACGUGCUGCAUUGUACGUGGCUGCUCAGUGCGGAGGUGCCGUUGCUGGUGCAGCCGCCAUUUACGGGUGA